AUGCCUUCUAUCAUAGAAGCACCAGCGCGCCAGCCGUCGCCUGAGGUCAAGCUUCUCUCCAAGAUUGAAUCGCAAAUCAUGGACGAGGAAGCACUAACGGUGGCAGCCGCCAUCUUGGACAUCAUCUGUCGUUACCGUCUAAGACGGCCAAGCGAAACAGAAGCAGCGGAACUCGAGGGAAGACUAGGAUUCCUCUCCCAGAUUUACAGGAAAGUCAAAUCUCAGAGCGAGAUUCGUCUGUGCCUGCCCGCCUUCCCCUUUAAGUCUCCCAAUACAACAGACAAAGUCCUUGGCCGUCUUCCUGAUAAGGCAGACGAGUUUGCUCUUGCCAACUUGAACGGCCUCUGCUCAGCCAUCAAGGACAUCUAUGAGCCUGGUGCCAGGUUGACCAUCAUCUCUGACGGACUUGUAUAUAACGAUCUUCUUGGUGUUCCCGAUAAGGAAGUCUGGGCAUAUGGAGAGACCUUGCGCGGCAUCGCUGCCGAGAAGCAUCUCACCAAUAUCCAGUUCUCCCGUCUCCAAGAUCUUGUCCACCUCCCGAACCUUCCCAACAAGCUUGAGGAGAUCACUUACAUUGCGAAUGCCACCAACUUCCGUCGAGCCCUCCUUAACACCUUCGGCAGAGCCGAUUAUGACCCCUCCAACGAGAUUUCCAAGAAUGAAGACACCUGCAUGACAUAUCGCGGUUACAUCAAGUUCCUCGAGACUGACUUGCGCCAUGUCUACCCCAUCGGGGCGGACCGCUCGAAGUCCAAGUUCAAGGCUGGCAUCGAGUAUAUCUCCAAGCAGAUGCUUCAGCGCGGUGACGCCUUUGCUCGUGCGGUGCGGGAGAACUUCCGUGACCAUAUCCGUUUAUCCAUUCACCCCUCCGUCGGCGAGACCAAGAUCCCCAUCAGCCCCCUUCGCACUAACACCUAUUACACCACCCCUUGGCACUGCUCCAUCGCUUUCAGCCUGAGUGGUGCCUUCACCACCGGCCCCCGGUCAGACUUCGAGAACGACCCCAAGUACGAGCUCAUCUACGAGGAUGGCAGGCCCAGCUACUUCCGCGAGAAGAGCGACCUGACGAAGUGGGACAAGGAUGUUACGUUCGAGCCCGUGUACCCCUGUGGCAUGAUCAUUCGCCCGGCUGCCGGCCCCAAGAAGCUCUCCAUCCACGAUAUUGAUGCCGCCAAGGUUCGCGCGCUGGCCGAGGUCAACUCUCCCGUCAUCAUGCGUGGCUUUUCCAAGACCAAGGACCGUGAUUUGUUUGUCAAGAAGUCGGAAGAAUUCGGCACCCCUCUGCCGUGGAAGUUCGGUCUUGUCCUCGAGGUCAAGGACCAGGGUGCCGACACCCGUGGUCUGAACAACGUUCUGUCAGCCGAGUGGAUGCCUUUCCACUUUGAUGGUCUGUUCAAGACCCACAAGGUGCUCCAGGAGGACGGUACUGAGAAGCUUCUUCCCAACCCUCCGAAGUUCCAGUUCUUCACCUCGGUGACCCCUUCACCGAAGGACACCGGCUUCACCCUCUUCACGCCCUCUCGUCUCGUCUUCGACAGCCUGCCCCCCCAUCUCCCCCUUGAGAAGCUCUCCAAGCUCACUUGGAGUGUCUCGACCAGCUCAUUCGAUGCAACCAAGAUGACUGGCCUGCCUCUUGUCAUCCCUCACCCCGUGACCGGAGAGGCCUGCAUCCGCUAUCACGAGCCUUGGCCCCAGUCCAAGACCAUCUUCGACGCCACCAACAUCACCAUCGACGGCGUCAGCGAGAGCGAGAGCGCCGAGAUCUGCAACAUCAUAGACUCCCUCUUGCACGACCGCAGGAACACUCUGUACUUCUCCUGGGAAGAGGGUGAUUUGCUUGUCAGUGAUAACAUUCUGGCAAUGCACACUCGCAGUGACUUCAAGGCCGGCUCUCCGAGAGAGCUGUGGCGCAUCCACUUUGACUAA